GCCACACUCAGCGGAGAUAUUCACUCAAAGAGACUAUAGGCUAACGGUCACCGGGAUAUAGCCAACUUACACAAACUCCUGAGAGGAUACUAUUUAACGAACUGCUACCUGGUUAUUAUUGACAAUGAAAGGUGAAUAAGAGGGUCUCCUCUUGACAAAAGACAAUGACCAAGACAAAAGUUGAGGGCAAUCCCGAGUCUAAUGCACGCUCAUCCCAUCAUGGACGGGACGGGCAGGAUAAUAAAGCCUGCGGGGACUCAAGCAGCCAGCAGCCGUCAAGACAAAUCCACCGGCAUCAUGCGCAGCACAUGACGUCAAAACAACCGCAGGCGAAGAGCGUCCCGCCGGCACAGAACAAAACUAAGGAGAUUUUCUCCAAGAAACCAAAGCGUGGACCAUCACCAUCAGCAGUCCUCACGCCAAACACUCAUGCAGGGAAAAAGGAGAUGAAGCCAGAGUCGAAAAAGCGCUCCGGCGGCAGUAGCAGUAAAUCGUCCAGCAGGAGAAAGCUGUCUGAUGGGAGCAUCACGUCUGAUGACCUGAGUAAGGACUCCGGCUGCGCCACCGGGAAACUUUCCUCCACCGACAGCAGCUCUGAGAUCUCGGACGCGUCUGAGGAGAACAAGCAGAUCACUGAUGCUGAGAGGAUGGACGGUUCUGCUGAGCAAAGGGCAGAACACAGAGAGGAUGGUCUGGUUAAUGCCACCCUGUCUCCAGGUUUGGGCUUCGGGGAAGGAAGCAUCUCUCCAGGAGACCAGACAUCCUACGUUUCCCUGGACAGUCACUUGAACUUGAGCACAUCUGUGGCGUUUUCUGACCUGACAGGAGACUUUACUGAUGGGGUGCAUGAGGAUCUGCUGAGGGAGAUUGACGACCUGAGAUCGGAAAAUGAAUAUUUAAAGGAUGAGAUGGAGGAGCUCCGCUCAGAAAUGCUGGAGAUGAGAGACCUGUACAUGGAAGAUGAUGUAUACCAGCUGCAGGAUCUCCGGCAGCAGUUGGAACAGGCAAACAAAGCCUGUCGCAUCUUACAGUACCGACUCAGGAAAGCCGAGAGACGCAGCCUGCGUGUAGCUCAGACGGGACAGGUAGACGGAGAGCUUAUCAGGACGCUCGAGCAUGAUAUUAGGGUUGCAAAAAGUGUGUCUAUUCGCCUACACGGUGAACUUGAAGCUGUUCAAAAGAAAAAUUCACGGUUGGAGUGGGACAAUGAGGAACUGCGUGAAAGGCUGCAGGAUCUAGAGGUGGCGAAGCAGGUUCUGCAGGCUGAGAUGGACAAAUCACAGAAUUCUCUGAAGAGAAGAAGUUUGAGAUCAACAUCCAGCAAGAGUGAAAAGAAGCUCUCUCCACAGGAUGACAGUGCUGAUUUGAAAUGCCAGCUCCACUUUGCCAAAGAAGAGUCUGCGCUGAUGUGCAAGAAGCUAACCAAGAUGGCGCUGGAGAGCGAGACGAUGCGGGAGCAGCUGGCCAAAUAUCGUCUGCUUUACGGUGAGGUGGAUGAAACCCAGGCAGCAGCCGGUGCCACUAACUCCACCCACACUCGAGAAGCAGAGGUCAAAGUUCACUUGCGACUGGUGGAAGAGGAAGCCACGCUGCUGAGUCGUCGAAUUGUGGAGCUGGAGGUGGAGAACCGUGGGUUGCGGGCAGAGAUGAGUGAACUACGUGAACGAGGAGGAAGUUUGGAAGAAGAUGAAGUGAUGAAGGGUGCAGGUGAAGGGUCAGCAUUGCCUCUCCGCAAUGGAGAGCAGGAGGAGAUGCUUAGAGGUAUGGAUGGUAAAGAGAAAGCAGAUCCAGUGAGUAAUCACAAUAAUACACAGGAGAACCAGAUGCAUGAACAUGCAGAGACCUCCUCUAUCAGCCAAAUGCUCAGAGAAGGGCCGAUCGGAGGGGAACAGGAGCUUUCAAUGGAGACUAAAGAGGAAGAUGGAGAAAGUCAAUGUAAGUCAGAAUUUACGUUUGGUGUGAAGGAUCUAGAAGGUCUUCUUGCCAUCCAUGACCAGGCACUGCUUGUUAGAUCAGCUAUUCAGUUCCUAAUGGCACCAGCAACAAAUGGCAUGUCUCUAACAUGUACCCAUAAGACAGCUCCUGGUGCUCCAUAUUCAAACAAAACAUCAGUAGAUCCUCAGUGCAAGACGCAUCAAUGGAUUUUAGAUCCCAUGUUGAGUCCCUUGACCAACGGACUAGAGGUGUUACAAGCUCAGUUGUGUGCUCUUAUUGAAAAGUUAGAGGUGCUGUUGAACUCAGAAAACUCUGAGCCUGUUACAGAUAAGAAUAUAUUCAAUGUUGGUGAAGAUGUAAAGGCAGUGAAAGAGGAUGCAAAGAGUCAAGCGAGACAAGAAUGUCAUUGUGAAGGAAAUGGGGUAACUGGGUGCAGCGAGGACAGCUUGAUACUGCUCACCCUGCAGCUCAGAUGGUUCAUCCAGCAGUGGCAGCAGGGAGAGAGAUCUGUUGGAGACGGGAAGACGCUGUUUGAGGUGUAUUGUCAGAAUGAUCUUCACCUCUUAAAGGACACAGCGUGCAAGUACAACCUGCAAGAGAAGUGCAACAGUCAGAUGAACAGUGUCCUGCUCUCAGACUUGAGGACGGCCCUGCAGGAUCUGUUCUCUGAACUUUGGGAGCAGCACAGAGCCUCCCAAUGUGUCGUCCAUCAAUUUGCAAAUGCAAAAGCAUCCUGGGCCGUGGAGUGUGCAGAGCUGAAGAGUCUCAUAAACAGGCUGGAGGGUCCAUCUGUGAACACCGGAGUCAAGUGUCCAUCAGACCUGAAUGCAGCUUUGCAGAAGGCACAUGUUGAGAAGCUCCAGCAGCUGUUAGCAGAGUCCUACACUGCAGUGAUGGACCUGACCAGACAGCUGAAGGUCCGAGAGAGCAGAUGGAGCUCUGAGCGGCGGGAGCUGCUAGAGCACCUCAACCACAAGAAACUGGAGCAGGACGUCUCAAAGACAGCUCAGCACAAUGGAGAAGUGCAGACUCCUAGACACAAGAUGAUGUCAAAAGAUGGAAAUAUGCAGAGGAUGGUUCUCAAAACUGCCAUGACAAAACCCAACAAGAACUGGAAGUACCUCAGUCAUGAAGCUGCCCUUCUUGACCGAGAGGACGCCUGCAAGACUUGGGACUGUCCUAUCAUGCCUCCCAGUUUCCCAGGACUGAACCUAAACCACGAACUGACUCCGAGAAGCCACACAGCUCCAGAGAGGACCAGCAUCCGUAUCUAUUACAGCCCACCAUCAGCAAAGAGAAUCCAAAUGAGCUCUCUGAUACCCGGAGAAGAGGAAGAGCAGGAGGAGAGCCAGCAACCACAUUUCACUGCCGCUUCCUCUGGCCUUGAAAAACAAGAUUGGGUAUCUACGUAUGAAAACUGGCUGCGUAGCCUGUCGUUUGACUGCCAAAGUUUGAUGGAGAGAGAUUCUGAGUCUUCUUCUGGUCUGCGGACCUCCAGUAUUGGGUCUCCGUCGCGGUUAGCCUUCAAUAGCAUGGACGUCUCGGCCAACCUGAGUGAUGACAUGAAGGAAAUUACUGCCAGCGUUCUCCAACCCAGCUCUUUAGAGAGGAAAAGAGCCAAGGAUUUUGGGAGCAAAGUGGUGAGUGUUGCGAGUACAGGAACUCAAACUCAAUCCCGACCGCAGGUGACCACAAUUGGGCUACAGACCGACGGACCUCGAAAUCUUUACGCAGCAAAGCACUGGUCGCCCCGUGUCACUUCGUUUGUUUCCACAAGAACCCAACAAACGUCAGCACCAUUGGAAAGAGUUUCAGAACGGUUUCAACCUCAUAACACCUCGCCGAAAAUACAACGCAGACACUCUGCUUCAUCUCUGAAGUCUUCGUCGUCUACUUCGGUCUCGUCGUCUUCCUCUUUCACCACAUCAUCUUUAUCCUCCUCAUCUCUGAGUGCUUCUUCCAGGCUGGAUUAUGGAACGAAGGAGCGUGGAUUGUGGGCUUCGCCAUCCAACAGGCCCAACUCAGUGUCAAUGCAGACCAGUGAUAAACCUGGUGGCCGAAAAAACGUGGGAGUGCACAAGUACGGCCUGGUUCACGAGUUCCUGCGUAAUGUAUGCGGUCGAGGAGAGAAGACCAACAUAGAGAUGGAGAAAGCGCCAGUGGCUCGAAGGGAUCAUGUUAGUCUGGCGGCGGGUUCAAAGAAAUCUGAACACCCCCCGUCUCGAAUUCCAGCGGUGACGGUGGUCCGAAAUGAUAGCAUCACCAAAAUUGUGAACCGCAGGUUUAUGAAACAAAACCAAAAGGAAGAGGCUGUGUGUCAGAGCCAGACCCAAACUCAGCGGCAAACUGACAAGGGUUCAAUCAGCAGGAACAAGGGCUUGGAGGAAGGAGCCUGUGACUGCAGCUCACGCUCUCUGACAUCCUGCUUCGCUCGACCCUCACAAAAAAACUCUCGACCCAGUCAAAACAAGCCUCGUUCACACGAACACCCUCCAUCUCGAGGUAAAAGCGAUCCACUUGUCUAAUAGGAGUCAUCAGGAAGCUUAAGGGAUCAGCAGGCCAGGAUGGAUCAUUCACGUAUUUCUACAUAUCACCCCUUUUGAGAUCCCGAUAUAUUUUGGCUUACUUGAUUACUCAUUCAUCUUUAAUUUAUCAUGUUAAAAUCCAUUCCACAGAAUUUCCAUUAAAAUCAGCAUUUAAAAACAAGCUGCCUCCUUGUACUGGGGUUACAGGAACACUCCACUUUUUUAUAAACAGGCUCAUUUUACAACUCUCCUAGAAUUAGAUAUUUCAGCUUUAGCAUUUUUGAAAACAGGAUGAAUACAGGAAUACAGGAAUGUGUCAACAUUGGUUAUUAUUAGCAUUAAAAGUGAUAACAGAGCCAAUACAGAAUGAAUAAAGUUGGUAGUGUGCAAGGAUUCCCGUUCCAGAUGUUUUUAUACCACAUUUAUGCAAGCUUUUAUUUUUAAGACCCUUGAUGAACUUUUUAUCAAUUUUAGACAUUUCUUAAACAUAAUCCGAUUGUAUUCAUUGUUUUUAUUAUGUUAUGCAUUAAGGAAUGAGUGUAGCAAAAUAAAUUGUUGUUAGAUGCCUUAUAAAUGUCAACUGUUUUUCAUUGUCUGUGUUUAAGAGGGGUCCAAGCGACUAUUUUUUGUCCUUUGUAACUUUAUGAAAUGUAAAACUUUUUUAUCAUGUUAAUAAACACUGAUCCAUGGCUA